AUGGCCGCGCCUGUAGCGGCGGGGGUAGGCAGGAUGUGGGGGCGGGCGUGGGGGCCGGCGGUUGGGACCGCCUGGCUGGCCGCCGUUUUAGUUCUGGCGGCCCUGGCGCCCUGCGAAGGGACCAUAGAGAGGGUGGGUAGGGAAUGGAGCGCGGUGAACGCCGCUGGCCUGCACGCGGCCCUUGGCACCAUACAUACUGCCGAGCCGCCUGAUGGCGUGGUGGUGGCCAACACGAGCAUCUUCAUCGACCGCCUGGCUUUCAUGCCCACGAUAAGUUUGAAGGGGAACGUCACCUUGGGCGGGCGCGCGGCGGGCACGGGACUGCAGGUGGAGGCGCGGGAUCGGCCGUUGGUCCGCAUCGACCCUGGGGCUGCGCCGGUGCUGACAAUCGUCAACUUCACCAUUUACUUGGGCGGGAGCGAGGAGACCAUGGCCGGGCUGCUGGGUGGGCUGGUGGACGCGCCGCCGCCCGCGGGCGUGCUUUUCAGGGACUCGACCUUCGCGCUGGCAGCGCGGUCGUGGGUGCUGCUGCUCGGGGACAUUCGCCGGCUGCGCGCUCUGGAUGGGGCGAACAUCAGCGUGGUGGGCUCCGAAUUCUUUGUGCGGGAUCUGGCGGUCGGGUCCGCGAGACUGCGGGACGUCGUGCUCAGGCGCCAGUCGGCGACGGAGGCGCGCAAUCGGGGGGCGACGCUGCGCAGGAACGUCAGCGACGCCGCGGGGCUCUUCGAGGUCCUGCAGCUCGCCCGGGAGCCCGCCUUGGGGCCGCCCGUGGAGGGCUUCCUCACGCGGGACGUGUCGGUCGAUGAGGGUCAAGUGAGGGCCCAAGCCACCGUCCAGAUCGUCGGGAAGGUUAUCCUGUCUGGGCCCCUGGACGGCAGGACGAUGCUGCGGGUGGCGGCCAGCACAGAGAAGGGCAGCCUGGCGCAAGUGGGGCCCAUGGGACAGCUUGUGCUGGCCAACCUGAUCGAGAACCUGACGUUCGCGCUCCCGGGCGAAGGACUCUGCGAUGACGCGGACGCUGGGUGCAUGCUCAGCGUCAACUACCACUCGACCGUGGACUACAGCCUCGCGAUGUGCGACUGCGCCAUCACGCUCAUUAACACCACCAUCCUGUCCACGUGCGAGCACGUCUCCAACCUGACGCGGUCCCUGCGGAUGUUCGGCUCGGAGGGCACGGAGAUCAAUCACGGGAUAGAGGUGGACCCCGCCAGCGACAACGCCACUCUGAGGUUUGUCAGCUACUUCGGGCGGGGCACGUGCUUCGCCAAUACGACGCUGACCUGCGACCCGGGCGCCCUCGCGGGACCGUCGCCGUCGCCGGCGUCGGCGGCGCCCAGGACGGCGACGUCCAGCUCGGGGGAUGAGCGGUCGGCGAUUUACAUCCUGCUUGGGGUGGGAGGCGGGGUGAUUUUGGUGUGCCUGGUGGGAUUGUGUUGGCCUCCCAGAACGUUUUGCCGGAACGUGGCCGCCAGGGUGAGAAGGAAGGGUGUGUCGGGCCGGGGCCUGAGCUUCGCUGGCGACUUCGGGGAGUCUCGCAGUCGGCUGGGCAAGGGCAGCGCCGCGGAGCAGGCGGGCAAAGUUGCGGUGGGGGGGAGCGAGCAGUGCGACAUCCAAACGUAUUUCCAUGAGAAGAUAACGGGCGAACAGGUGGGCGUGGCGGACAACGCUGUCACGAUCGAGGAACAGCUGGCAACGGGGGGCUACGGUGUGGUGUACAAGGGGCGUUGGAGGGGAAUACCAGUGGCGGUGAAGACGGUGGUGUUUACAGACUUUCCGGAUGCAGCUGGAAAGGAGAAGGAACGCGCCAUACUGGAGGCUGCAAUAAGCUCCAGCAUAGCCCACAGGAAUGUGGUGCAAACAUAUUACCACUCAUUCAAACGGCUGCAGCCAAACGAGAAAGUGGAGGAGGGCGAUUGGGACAUAAACAGGCAAAUCAAGGAAGGAGAUUGGAAACUGUACAUCGUCCAGGAGUUGUGCGAGCACGGCUCCCUGAGGAGCGCCCUCAAGAAGGGCCUGUUUGCAUCAUGUACAACCCACAAGAAGCUGUUGGGGGCGAUUGUGCAGAUAGCGAGCGACGUGGCCAGCGGCCUGGCACAUCUGCACCAUCACAACGUCGUUCAUGGCGAUCUCAACACUAAAAACGUGCUUCUGCAGCAUGAGACACAUGCAGAGGGACCGCUACAGGUUGUCUCAAAGCUUGCGGACUUUGGGCUCAGUGUGAAGAUGGGGUCAUGGCAGUCCCACGUGUCCGACCACAGAGCUGGGACCCCUUUCUACAUGGCACCUGAGGUGGCACAGAAGGGUGUCCUGUCCAAGAAGUCGGAUGUCUUCUCUUUUGGCGUGGUGAUGUGGGAGAUCUACCACCAGAGCUCACCGGUACAGUCCAUGGGUGAAGGCAGCCUCAAAUACCAUGAGAAGUUUCCCAAGUACCCGGUCACCUGCCCCAUGCUGUAUGCACUGCUCUGCGUAGUGUGCCUGUCCCCCAAGCCUGCUGACCGACCGGACUUCAAGUUCAUUAAGAAGGUGCUGGAGACUUUGUCUGCAAAGUUGCAGUGCGAUGAGUACACACAGCCGAAGAAUAUUCAGAAAGAGAACCUGGCGGUGGUGUCGCGGCUGAACGGGAAGAAUGGUGCAGAGCUCCUGCAGUUGCUGGCGGAUCAGGUGGAGUUGGAGGCGAGACGUCAUGGGCUGGACAUUUCGCAGCCGGCAGAGUCACCGCCGCCCACUGACACCAGGCUGGACAUGCAGGCUUUGUUGGACAGCAGGGAGGAGCCUGCCAAGGCUUGUCUGUCACCUAAGACAUGCCUUUCUUCGCCAACCCAUCCGCCAACGCCUUCGCCCAGGCCACACACGCCUUCAGGGUCUCGCUCACCCUCCCAUGGUCCCCGAUCUUGGGGCGGCACCUUGAAUGCCAGCGAGGAGUCGCUGGCCAUGGGCAGUGCUGAGUCUGAAGUGCACGACAGUGCCGAAGAUGACCAGAUGUGGAGCAUUGGGAAUGAGCCCAAUGGAGGUGGCUCGUUUGUUAUCUCUGUGUCCAUUGAUGAAACUCAAAAGAGUGAAGGUCCAGACAUGAACUUUGCGUGGGACCCGGUUGUCAACUCAGAGGUGUCUGAGGGAUCUGAGAAUGAUAGCCCCAUGCCUGCAAGCAGCCACAGUGGCGGCGAUGGGUACCCUCAGGUGGUGCUUGCCUCAUCGGAGUCCAUAUCGCUAGGCAUCUCUCCUAGCCCUCUGAGCCCCGCAGGUGACACCGUGCAGCCUGUGGUUUCAGGGGUGUACCCCAGAUCAACUUGGUUUGGAGACAGGAAUGCUGACCUGUUGGUCCCUGGGAGUGCCUACCAACACACACUGGCGCCAAUGGCAGAUGUGCAGCGACUGCCUCUGACCCCAGGCACCCCUGCCACACACACCUCGGCUGUGCCGUUCGAAGCCUUGCACCAGCCAUCGUUCGUGGGCCACCGUGCGCCACGCGGAGGGCAGUCGAGCUUCAUUUUGAACAUGAGCGCUGCUGGAGCACAGCCACCUCCAGCAUGGACACCUCCAGUGCAGGCAACCCACGGGCAGGUGGCCGUGCAGAUUUCGCCCUCGGUAGGGCCAUUGGGUGUGGUGGGCGGCAGGUGGGAUUCCUCAAGAGAGGGCGCCGGGGGCCAUGAACAAUCAGAUGUGAGGUUUGGCUCAGCCAGGAAGGUCCAAGAAACGGGAGGGGAAUCGGGCGUUGGGGGGGUGCUUUGGACCAUGAGUAGCUUUAAGCCACAAGCGCUGGAAAUGGUGAACGAACAUGGCAGGUUGCGACCAGGAUUUGAGCCCCAUUCCAGUCCCCCUUCUUCCGAAAAAGGGAGUAGCAUGCCAUUCAGCAGCAUUGGGCAUGGGGGGAGGAGACCAUGA